AUGCCCGGCCAGCCACACCUCCGUGGACACAAUGCUGUCCCAGAGGUCGCGGAUGCCCUGAUCGUCCCUGUUCUACCGCUACCAACGCCAAGCAACAGGAGGAGAAGGAAGCAGAAUGCCGCGGCCUCGCCGAGCGGCGGCAGCAGGCGCAAUGUGGUCGCUAGGAGGAGCAGCAUGGUCGUGGCGGCAACGACAACAGUGAAGAGGCGCACCAUACUGACAUGGCUGAUCGACACCGGUUUCCUAUCCGACAGAGAGAAGGUGUUCUACGUGCUAGUGAACAGCGGCGAGGGCAAGGUUGUCUCGGGCGUGGUCACCAGGACAGGAGUCCACUGUGGCUGCUGCGACGCCGUCGUGUCGCUGCCGGCGUUAGAGGCGCACGCCGGCCGCGAUCCCGUGCAGCAGCGGUCGUGGGAAAAGCUCCUGCUCGUGUCUGGCAGCUCCCUCCCGAACCGCAUGGAGGAGGCGUGGGAGAAGGAGAAGCCCACUAGUGUCGAUGCGUGGUAUGAGCCUGUGACAGCACCCGCCCCCGCGCGUCUGAUGCCUAUGACAGCACCACGAGGGAGACGACCGGCCGCGGACGCCACAGGCGAGGGAGACGGACGGUGGGUCGCGAGUGCCGUGGCCAGCCAGACGUAG